AGUCCCCGAGUAGGGCAGUUUACCAAAAUCUUUCAUUUAUUGCCUUUCUUUCCUUGUUUCCUUCUUGUUCCUUAUUUACUGAUUAUUUUUUUUAGACUUUCUUUUUAUUUUUAUUUACUACUUACUAACUUUCUAAUUGACAAAAUGCGACCUCCUCUUGAACAUCGUACACGUGGGUUUCCUUCUUCUGACUUUAUGUAUCAACAACGUGUUGGGGCUGACCAGCCGACUGACUUUCAAUUUGAUGCUUCGCAAGGGAGAGGUGUUGCUCGUGUUGCCGCUCGUGCUCGUGCUGGAGCAGUGAAUUUCCAACGUCCACAGUAUGGAGCGCCUCCGGAACAAAUGACUUAUGAAUCUUCUGACAAUCCACCACUUCCAAAUACAGAAUUCUCCAGUUCUUUUCAUCAGCGUGGAGCUCAUAAUGGUCGACGUAUGGCGGCUUAUAGUUUUGGUACUUCGGGAUAUGCUAUGCAACAAGCUCAAAUUCAGCCGACUUUUGUUGAGGAGGAGGAGGUUAACAAUCACCAGUUACCGUCUACAUCUCAGCAAACUUUGACUGCGGGUGCUUGUGAUGGACAUAAGGAUACUUUGGCUGUUUUGGUUGAAGGUGCGCGUAAUAUGGCUAAAGUUUUGAACGACUUCGCUAAUCGUCUUGACCCUUACACUAAAUGA